AUGAAUCCCACUACCACCAUCACCAACAAAAAAGAAAUAGAAAUAUCCCCUCACCUCCUAUCCAAAUACCCCUUCCUCAUCCACCCUCUCUCCUCCCUCCCCACCACCCACUACCCCACCUACACCGACUUUGGCGUGGGCGCCUACAUCUUCACCACCACCCACCAACAAAACUCAAAACCACACCUUCUCCUCCUCCACCGCUCCCCCACAGACAGCUACCCCCUGCACUGGGAAUCCCCCGGCGGCGGAGCAGACCUUUCCCUCGACGACACCCUCCUCCAGGCACUCUGUCGGGAGGUACUCGAGGAGACAGGGCUGCAAGUGACCAAAGUAGUGGAUUUAGUGGCUAUUGAUGAGUGGAAAAAACCGCUCCCCGGGGUGGUUCAGGGAGAGAAGAAGGUGAUUAAGUGGGGGUUUCUAGUUGAAACUGCUUCGGGGGAGGAAGUGAUGUUGAAUCCGGAGGAGCAUUGUGCGUUUAAGUGGGUGGAUGAGGGGGAUGUUAGGGAUGCUGUUAAUGAGGAUUCUGGGAUGAGGUUUAUUGGGGAUCAGGGGAGGAAUUUAGUUAGGGCUUUUGAAGUUUAUCGGAGGUGGCAUACUUCAUCGGAGGAGGAGAAAGGGGAAGGGAAAGAUACGUGUUGA